CCGCGAGGAUAGGGAAGCUUCAGAUGAAGGGUACUAGGACAUAGUUCGAAUGCUACUCUCUAUGUGUUACGAUGAGGGUAUUUGCCCUGAAGAUGUUCCAUUCGAGGACGUCGUAAUAGAUGGUAAUGAGGCAGUGGUUACGGUAGACAAAAGGUUCGAUGAGAUUAAGAUUCAGUGGCUGAAGGAAAGGACGGUAGUGGUAAUUUUCAGGGAUGAAGCCAGGGAGCUCCCAAGAAGGGUGAAGGAGGAUAUCGUAAGAGCUUAUGAGAAUGGAUGGAAGAAAGAUGUUAUCUUCGACCCUCCAGUGGGCAGGGGUAGAGUUAAGUUCGAAGCCGCAAAUGUUAUCUCUUAUGUCUCAAGGGACAAAGUGGUCGCAGAUUGGAUGAUAAGUGAAGGUUCAGCGGAAGUCAAGUUGAAAGGCAAGCGGUACGUCUUCGAAACGAAACCCUGGAUGCCCAGGGCAGAGUGGAAGGAAUUCCGCCGAUUAGAGAUGGAGAACACCUUCUGGGUUCUCGCCAUCCAAGUGCCGCUGGAUGCCUAUUGCUACCUUCGGGCGUCCAUCACAAAAGUAAUCGGGCCGGUCACCAAGAUGGAGUCUCCAGACCAGGUUAACUCCAACCCAAAAUUACUGAAUGUGAAAUGCGAGAUUGAACCGGAAUUUCGUUCCAGAUUCAAAGACCGCCUGUGGGUAUGCACAAUACAGGGAGACAUGGUGGAAGUGAAGUUGGCAUCCGCCGACACCCCCUACUGCACCAACUGCAAAUGGUACUUUCACACAGAUGAGCAAUGCACGAGGAAUAGGGAUAACCCGAAUGGUAGACGAAGUCGGUUCAGACCAAAUCGCAGGGCGAAAGCAUAUGAGUCAGAUGAGGACAGCACGUCAGUCUCUUCCAGCUCACGCUCUGAUGCUGGCUCAUUGAACCACAGAAGACGAGGAGGGACAAAAUACAAGGGGCCCCUGUCUCACCAGAACUCAAGAAACACAGUCAUGAGAUCCAGGACCCCAUCCCCGCCACCCCCUUCCCCUAGACCGCUGCCUGCAGCAGGACCCACAGCUGGCCUGAAUUCAAUCGUCAAUCUGGUCUUCUCUCCGGGACCGUUACAAGAACAUGACCCUUAUGAGGAUUACCGAAGAUCUGGAAUGGAACACCAACCAAGGACGCAGAGGGAAUUCAUCCCUCCGCCUCCCAACCCUUACCUGGAAUCGGCAAUGGUGUUUUUACUGAAAGCGGCAGCCCCGCUCGGAGGGAGCGAACCAGCCCCACCAGACACAGAGCAAGACCGGUCACACCCUCAGAUCGGUGGUCUGAUACGUCCAAAUCCCACAAGAGCAAGACCAGGCUCAGGCAAUGAGGAAGGAAUCGAGACAACUUGGGUUCAGGAGUCACAGCCGAGGCCACCCAUGCACGAGGCCGCUGCCACCUCAGCGGUGGAAGUACAUGGAAGGAGCACCAGAGGACAGUCCCCACUAAAGGCACCUAGAACAGUCAGGUCUUCAACCUCUCAGCAACUGCUCCUCGAAGCAGCCCCACGAGCAGAGUGUCCAACCGCCGAGAGAUCACAAAGAUCAAUGUCGAGUAAGGCCGAAUCCUCCUCCUCUGCACACUCCGAGCGCUCCGCACACUCCGUUCAUUCCGGAUCGAGAUUAGUCACACCACAAACGGGGGUGAAAACGUCGAGGAGUAGAAGGGCGAUAACGGCAACUAAGGCACAGACAGCAUCAUUGGAGAAAUGGUUGGUUCUGCUAAUCUGCUCGAUAGUGAAUGGUGCAAUUCACGUGAUCGCCUGGCAACCUGAGAACUCGAAAACAACUUUUUUGUCGCAGAAAACCGAGGAGCCUGUUACUCCUCAGACAAUCCUUACAGCGGCCAAGAAUAUCUUCAAGGACAAAUUCCCACUCAGAAUGGUGCCUGAUAUGGCUCUCCCCCGGUUCUACCAGGAACAGACAAAUCGCACAUGCAAGAUUUUCACUCUGUUGCUAGAUGCAUUCAUCUCCACAGACAAGCUGGAACCCCUCCUCUUGGAAGGACUAAGGAUGAUUCCUCUCUCCAUCUUCAUUGAGGAGGACAUGGACUCUCUACAGCAGAUGCAGGUGCUUCACGUUUCAGACGCAGGUUUCCUCAGCAAACUCAACGAGAAGCUCCCACGGAAUAAGCAGUUGCAAUCGCUGUACCUCAAUAACACUCUGGCCCAAAAAUGGGCCCCAUCCUCCUCCGCUGGUCCCCCAGCUCGCUCUGGAGCCAGGCAAGCACAUGCGAACGGCAUCCCCAUUCAAUCCAGGGGCCCAGGGCCCCGGAUGAAUGGAUAAGUUAAAUAUAGUCUCUUGGAACCUUAGGGGCUUAGGAGAUACCACGAAGAAAAGUAAAAGAGCCAGGCUGAA